AAAGAAAGAAAAGAAAAGAAAGGAGUAAAGCUCUGGAUUCAGAAUCACAGAGAGUGGAGAAGAAGAAAGCAACGAUGGCAAUAAAGAUAUUGUCGUCGCUCGAUGCAGCUCGAAUACAGUGGUACCAUUUCAAAGCGAUCAUAGUCGCAGGAAUGGGUCUCUUCACCGACGCAUACGAUCUUUUCUGCAUCGCACCGGUCAUGAAAAUGAUUAGCCAUGUUUACUACAACGGCGACUCAAUCAACACAGCCGUUCUUUCGACUUCUUACGCCAUCGCUCUACUAGGCACAGCCACAGGUCAAAUCAUCUUCGGUUACCUUGGUGACCGGGUCGGUCGUCGCCGAGUCUACGGACUCUGUUUAGUCAUCAUGAUCCUUAGCUCCUUCGGCUGUGGCUUCUCCGUGUGCACGACUCGUCGGUCUUGUGUUAUGGUUAGCCUCGGUUUUUUCCGGUUUAUUCUUGGUUUGGGUAUCGGUGGUGAUUACCCGCUUUCCGCUACCAUCAUGUCGGAGUUUUCGAAUAAGAGAACUCGUGGCGCGUUUAUAGCUGCCGUGUUCUCGAUGCAAGGGCUGGGGAUUUUGGUCAGCUCUGCCGUGACCAUGGCUGUUUGCGUGGCGUUUAAGAACGGCGGAGGUGGUGGGUUUGAGAUGGAUGCGACGGCUCCGGCCGAAGCUGACGUGGCGUGGAGACUUAUACUUAUGAUCGGUGCUCUUCCCGCUGCAUUGACGUUUUAUUGGCGCAUGUUGAUGCCUGAAACCGCAAGAUAUACAGCACUUGUGGAAAACAAUAUCGUCCAAGCAGCAAAAGACAUGCAAAGAGUCAUGUCGAUAUCUCAUAUCUCAGACGAAACCACAACGGAGACACCAUAUCUACCGCCGCCGGCUUCAUACAAACUCUUUUCUCGUCGCUUCCUCAGCCUCCACGGCCGGGACCUAUUUGCAGCCUCCGUUAAUUGGUUCCUAGUAGAUGUCGUCUUUUACACAAGCAACCUCCUCCUCUCUCAAAUCUUCAGUCACUAUUCCGAUACACCUUCUUCCUCUGCCGCAGAGAACGUCUAUGACGCAGCCUUCGAAGUGGCGGAAUUAGGAGCCAUCAUUGCGGCUUGUUCAACCAUUCCCGGUUACUGGUUCACAGUUUACUUCAUCGACAAGAUAGGUCGUGUCAAAAUCCAGAUGAUGGGGUUUUUCUUCAUGGCCGUUCUUUAUUUAGUCGCGGGUAUUCCGUACAGUUGGUAUUGGUCAAAGCAUGAGCAGAAUAAGAAAGGCUUUAUGGUUCUCUACGGUUUGGUUUUCUUCUUUUGCAACUUUGGCCCCAACACUACCACUUUUAUUAUUCCCGCGGAGCUGUUCCCGGCUAGGUUUAGGUCUACUUGUCAUGGAAUAUCCGGUGCCGUGGGUAAGCUUGGGGCUAUCGUGGGCACUGUUGGGUUCUUGUGGGCUACCAAGAAGAUGGACGGAGAUGAUAUAAACCAGGCUUAUCCCGAAGUGAACCGUAUGCGAAUUGCUUUUUUGAUACUUGGUGGCGUUUGCAUUGCUGGAAUCUUUGUGACGUAUUUCUUCACCAAGGAGACUAUGGGAAGAUCUUUAGAGGAUAACGAGCAUGAACAAUAUAAUAAUGAUCAUGAGGGCGCCGAGAAUGAGCCACAGAUUGUUCACGGGCAAUCCCCGGCGAGCACUUUGCUUCAGACACAAUGAUGAUCAAGAUCAAGUUCGAACAAAGGAACACCACAUUCAUUAAUGUUUAUUUCUGCUUAUGGCUUGUAGGUUUUUUUUUUAUGUCUUACUUGAGUUUUUUUUUUCUGUAUACUUAAACUGUUUAAUCCACGUUUUCUUUGUUUUCUUUGUUUUCUUUGUUUUCUUUGUUUUCUUUAAUUUACUUCUAACCUAGAAUUCGAAACUUUUUAAUUACUUUAAUGCUUCGUUGUUUAUUCUUUUCUUCU